AUGGCCUUCACAUAUCUUGACUCAAGUAUCGCCGAGAAGUCUGCCGAGGAGCCUUGGUUCUAUAUGGAGCAAGCCGUUCGCCAGUACGCCCAAAACACGAUCCCCAAAGAUUUAAGAAACCUACAGGAAGUGAGCAAUUUUUCUUUCAGCUUGAGCAGGGAGACAUCUCUAACCUUUCUAUCAUCGCGUCAUCAGGAUGAUAGGUCGGAUCCCUUCGAGCUCUUGCCAAGCAAUUUUCUCCCCACAUCGGCUCCACAUUUCCUUGUUGAGAAUACAACACCAGAUGAUCAACGCGCCGGUUUGAUAAAUUCGGAAACUGAAGAUGCGGGAGAAUCCUGCGAUGCAUUAUCAGAUUGGCCAUUUGAUGGUGAUGAUAGUAUCAUCGAAAUCGAAGUCUUCGACUCUUCGACUAGCUCGCGAGUCAUGGGAAGUUUAUCACGCUACUCUUCUGAAUCAGAAGACACCAACUCGAAUGGAUCCGAAAGCAACUUUGAUUCUCUCUUUGACGACUAUUCUACAGAAGACUUUACCAUCUGUCAAAACGGCGAACUCCCAUCGAUCGUAGUUUCUGCACCCAGCUCCACGGCCGCGGUACAGUCGGAGGAAAGGCUACGGAAGCCAGUUUCACUCGAAAGCCGUUCAUGGACCGAACACGCCUUUCAUCUUCCCAAUGAUAACGAGCGGCACGAUCACAUCAAUGUCGAAGUAGCGGAAGAAUUCGAAAGGGAGUUGCGAUUCAAGCCUGGUUUCUUAUCAAGCGACGAAGCUAUCCGCAAAUCGACUGAUGUUAUCGAUUGCGACGAAGAAGAAGUUGAAGGAAUAAACUUGGGGGAUGUCAUGAUAUUAUCACAACGGUCUCUAGAGGAAGGCGACGCCGAACCGCCUUUGAAUCUUCUUUUAAAUCUCGGCGUUGAAGAUAGUAUGAUGCAAUUAGAUAAGUCGGCCGAAGACGAACAAGCACUGGGCGACUCUAGUAACGCAUCCCACGAUCUCAACUUCAUCGAUCAAGAAAGACGAGAAAAGCAGUUGCUAGUUGCAUACAGAUACUCAAGAGCAAUUCAAUUGAACCCACACCUUGCCCAUCUUUUCGUUUAG